AUGUCGCUCUUUAGCGGGAACGUGGGGAGAGGCACCGACGAAAUGAUCGUGCCAACUGCGCCGACAAGAUACCCCUACAAACAGGUCUCAAAGCCCCAGCCCCUCUUCACAAUGUCUCUCAAGGCCGCCACCUUCCUCUCCCUCGCCGCUCUCGCCAGCGCCCACGGCCACGUCGCCAAGAUCGUCGCCGGCGGCGUCGAGUACCCCGGCGCCGUCCCCGGCAACGUCCCCGCCGACUCCCCGGCUGGGCGGCCCAGAACCUCGACAACGGCUUCAUCGAGCCCAACAGCUUCUCCAACGCGGACAUCGUCUGCCACAAGGCUCCUCUCCUUUGCCAAGAUUGCCGAGGCUGGUCUCGUCUCGGGUUCGAACCCCGGUACCUGGGCGUCUGAUGAGCUCAUGGCUAACGGUAACGCGUGGACCGUUACCAUCCCCUCGAGCGUCGCGCCCGGCCACUACGUUCUCCGUCACGAGAUCAUUGCUCUUCACGGCGCGGGCUCCGCCAACGGCGCUCAGGCGCCUUCGGGCCAGGCGGCUACCGCUUUCUACACCGCGACCGAUCCCGGUAUCCUGUUCAACCUCUACCAGGACUUCAGCUCCUACCCUAUCCCUGGACCUUCCGUCUGGAGGGGAUAG